CCGGCGGCCGAGGGAGCUGCAGCCACCCGCGUGCGGCACGCGCCGGCCGCCUGCCCCGAUCGCGGCUACCAGUGCCGCGGCCUCUCGACUCCCGCCACGCCGAGCCCCGGGCGCGGCUGCCGUCCUCCUCAAUUGCUUUUUACGAUUUUUUUGUGCAUGCAUUCAUUUUCUGUUCCGUUUUGUCCUUUUUAAGGCGGUGGCGGCGGCGACAGCGCCGUAAGCUCGCAGCGGGGAGGGGGCGGCCGGAGGAUGCGGCGCGGGGCUGCGCUCGCUACGCCCGCUGCUGCUGCCCGGCUCGGGCCUGAGCGCCGAGCAGGUUGGGGGAAACUGAAGCUCAGGGAGGACAAGUCACCUGCCCCAGGACAAACAGCUAACAAGUGGUAGAGUCAAGAUUCGUACCCAGUCUGAGACAGAGCUGGCCGUUGAGAACACGCCACUGCACAGCCAUUCCGUGGUUCUAGAACGUGAAGUUCUGCCAGUGGAUGUAGGUCCCUCAAUGUUGUGGCUUUGCUUCCUUCAUUCCUGCUCCCAGUGGGAGAUACUGUCACCAGGGUGCCGAUCUGUCAGAAGUGCUUAAAUAUUCCCAUGGUGUUUCGGGUUCAAGCAGACUGAAAUAUGGAUUCACAGAUGCCUGCAUUUAGACGUCAAGCACUUUGCAGGCAUCCAAAGAGGGCUCCCAGGGGUACUGACACCUGCUCAGGGCAAGGCACCUUGCCUGGUACUGGAGACUCAACUAAACCUGAUGGUGUGGAAGGAGCUCUGAAGGUUGCAAGUGGACCCGAUGCCCAGGAUCCCAAGUGAUGGUGGUUUCCUCGGAGGGCGAGCUGAGUCCCGCGCGACUGGUUAGCACGGUGGAGCUGGUAGCCACGCCUGCUGGCUGGCGUGCGUGAACGGGUGUGAACCGCAGGAUCUCAGCACUCUGACCCAAGGGGAAGCAUGUCGAAGAAAGGCCGGAGCAAGGGCGAGAAGCCCGAGAUGGAGGCGGACGCGGUGCAGAUGGCCAACGAGGAGCUGCGGGCCAAGCUGACCAGCAUUCAGAUCGAGUUCCAGCAGGAAAAGAGCAAGGUGGGCAAACUGCGCGAGCGGCUGCAGGAGGCGAAGCUGGAGCGCGAGCAGGAGCAGCGACGGCACACGGCCUACAUUUCGGAGCUCAAGGCCAAGCUGCAUGAGGAGAAGACCAAGGAGCUGCAGGCGCUGCGCGAGGGGCUCAUCCGGCAGCACGAGCAGGAGGCGGCGCGAACCGCCAAGAUCAAGGAGGGCGAGCUGCAGCGGCUGCAGGCCACGCUGAACGUGCUGCGCGACGGCGCGGCCGACAAGGUCAAGACGGCGCUGCUGACCGAGGCCCGCGAGGAGGCGCGCAGGGCCUUCGAUGGAGAGCGCCUGCGGCUGCAGCAGGAGAUCCUGGAGCUCAAGGCAGCGCGCAAGCAGGCAGAGGAGGCGCUCAGUAACUGCAUGCAGGCUGACAAGACCAAGGCAGCCGACCUGCGUGCCGCCUACCAGGCGCACCAAGACGAGGUGCACCGCAUUAAGCGCGAGUGCGAGCGCGACAUCCGCAGGCUGAUGGAUGAGAUCAAAGGGAAAGACCGUGUGAUUCUGGCCUUGGAGAAGGAACUUGGCGUGCAGGCUGGGCAGACCCAGAAGCUGCUUCUGCAGAAAGAGGCUUUGGAUGAGCAGCUGGUUCAGGUCAAGGAGGCCGAGCGGCACCACAGUAGUCCAAAGAGAGAGCUGCCCCCUGGGAUCGGGGACAUGGUGGAGCUCAUGGGCGUCCAGGAUCAACAUAUGGACGAGCGAGAUGUGAGGCGAUUUCAACUAAAAAUUGCUGAACUGAAUUCAGUGAUACGGAAGCUGGAAGACAGAAAUACGCUGUUGGCAGAUGAGAGGAAUGAACUGCUGAAACGUUCGCGGGAGACCGAGGUUCAGCUGAAGCCCCUGGUGGAGAAGAACAAGCGGAUGAACAAGAAGAAUGAGGAUUUGUUGCAGAGUAUCCAGAGGAUGGAGGAGAAAAUCAAGAACCUCACGCGGGAAAACGUGGAAAUGAAAGAAAAGCUGUCAGCGCAGGCAUCUCUGAAGCGGCACACCUCCCUGAAUGACCUCAGCCUGACCAGGGAUGAGCAGGAGAUCGAGUUCCUGAGGCUGCAGGUGCUGGAGCAGCAGCACGUCAUUGACGACCUCUCACUGGAGAGAGAACGGCUAUUGCGCUCCAAAAGGCAUCGAGGGAAAAGUCUGAAACCGCCCAAGAAGCAUGUUGUGGAGACAUUUUUUGGAUUUGAUGAGGAGUCUGUGGACUCAGAAACAUUGUCCGAAACAUCCUACAACACAGACAGGACAGACAGGACCCCAGCCACGCCCGAAGAAGACUUGGACGAUGCCACAGCCCGAGAGGAGGCCGAUCUGCGCUUCUGCCAGCUGACCCGGGAGUACCAGGCCCUGCAACGUGCCUACGCCCUGCUCCAAGAGCAGGUUGGGGGCACACUGGAUGCUGAGAGGGAGGCCCGGACUCGGGAGCAGCUACAAGCUGAUCUGCUGAGGUGUCAGGCCAAAAUUGAAGAUUUGGAGAAGUUACUGGUUGAGAAGGGACAGGAUUCCAAGUGGGUUGAAGAGAAGCAGCUGCUCAUCAGAACAAACCAAGACUUGCUGGAAAAGAUUUACAGACUGGAAAUGGAAGAGAACCAGCUGAAGAAUGAAAUGCAAGACGCCAAGGAUCAGAACGAGCUGUUAGAAUUCAGAGUGCUAGAACUCGAAGUAAGAGACUCUAUCUGUUGUAAACUCUCAAACGGAGCAGACAUUCUCUUUGAACCCAAACUGAAAUUCAUGUAAAGCUCUCAGAUGUUUUCAAGCAUGUGUAAAGGGGACAUGUUAUAGUUUCUUUCUUUCUUUCUUUUUCUUUUUUUUUUUAAAUCUGUAUGUUCAGAAUAAUUUCACUGCCUUAAUGUGUUCUGGAGAGCGUGCUCACCCAAGUCUAUGGACAUGUACCAGAGCUAAUAUAUUUAUUGCCUAUGGCUUGUUUUGCACUUAAUAAAAUAAUUUGUUUUUGCAAUA